AUGAUGGUCGCUAAGCUCGCCGUCCUCACGGCGCUCGCGCUGCUCGGUUCUGUGUCAUGCCAAGGGGGCUACGGCUACGCAAUGGUGGUGCCGCAGCGGCCACCACCUCCGACUAGUCCCCCGACCGCUCCAAAACUGAGGGUGGGCUACUACAGUGGUAAGUGUGCACGUUACGUGGACGUGGAGGCCAUCGUGAGGAAGCACGUGAGCCAGGCCGAUGCCGGCAUUAAAGCAGGCCUCAUCAGGCUCUUCUUCCACGACUGCUUCGUCCGGGGUUGCGACGCCUCCGUUCUGCUCGAUCCGACCAGCGCCAACCCGCAGCCGGAGAAGCUCGGCGUCCCCAACUUCCCGAGCCUUCGCGGCUUCGAGGUGAUCGACGCGGCCAAGUCGGAGCUCGAGGCCGCGUGCCCCGGCACGGUCUCGUGCGCGGACAUCGUGGCCUUCGCCGCCCGCGACGCGUCCAGCCUCCUCAGCCACGGCUGGGUUAGCUUCGCCAUGCCCGCGGGCCGCUACGACGGGGGCGUCUCCCUCGCCGGCGAGACCAUCCCGAACCUGCCCCCGCCGUUCGCCGACGCCGCGCGGCUCAAGCAGAUGUUCGCCGCCAAGGGGCUCGACGCCGCCGACAUGGUGGCGCUCUCCGGCGCGCACAGCGUCGGCCGCUCCCACUGCUCGUCCUUCUCCGGCCGCCUCGCGCCACCCAGCAACGCCUCGGGCUCGGACAUGGAGCCCGCGCACGCCGCCAGGCUGAGGGCUGCCUGCGCGGCGCCGGCGAACAACAGCACCGACAGCACGGUAGCGCAGGACUACCGGACCCCCGACGAGCUGGACAGCCAGUACUACAGGAACGUGCUCGACCGGAAGGUGCUCUUCGCGUCCGACGCCGCGCUCGACGCGGCGGGCACGACCAGCCUGGUGCGGUUCUUCGCGGACAUGCCGUGGGCGUGGCAGUUCAGGUUCGGGGAAGCCAUGGUGAAGAUGGGCCGCGUCGAGGUGAAGACCGCCGCCAACGGGGAGAUCAGAAAGGCGUGCCGUUUCGUCAACAGCAAGGCCUAAACAUGGCAUGCCUGCCUAAACAGCAAGAAGCUCUCAGAUUAUGGAGAAACUCUUACUGCUAGUAUUUGUACGUACUUAAUACUGUUGCUUCAUUCUUGUAUCUAAUUUUUGCUGUAACUUGUAAAUAGCAUGUUUCGUUUCGAAUUGUGAGGUAGUCCGUU